AAUUCAAGGCAGCACACAUACGAUUCAUUCAUCAUCCCCCUGAUAGCAUACGGAUCUCCGCCGAUAUAUAUAUUUUCUACAAUGAAGUCGAAUUAUAAAAAUUUGACCCUUGUCGUCCAACAAAAUGCGGAGAAUACGGCACGCAUCACGGAGCAGACGAGUGGAUAUGUGGUGUCCGAGACUGGUUCGGAUACCCUGAUGCAAACCUCCUUCGACAACAGCACGGCCGUUGCGAUCGUCAAGCAUUUGAAUUCGAGUUUUGUGAAAUUGGCCCAAAGCGCUGUCCGGGAUUUGGAUCCCACCGACAAGCUGUGCUUUCUCCGGGUGGCAACCCGCAAAUUCGAGUAUAUGGUGGCCCCCGACGAUUCAUUUAUCGUAACAGUGGUAUUGUAAUUGAAUGCAUUGAAGUGGGAUGCAUAUAGUCACACGCAGGGGAACAUACAAUAACAAUGGAGAGAUGACAUUAACCACCUUUUGAGCUAAUGAAUUGGAGUGGGAUGGACAUAGUAACACAUGCAAUCUCUUUCUUGGAGAGCGAGGACAUUUACCGUAACGUAAUUCUUAUUCUCCACACUUGAUGAAAUGCGUAGGAAUGAGAGAGACAGUCACACAAGGAAGCAAGCACGCACUCUCUCCCCAAGUAGUUUUUUUUGGAGAGCCUGAGGGCAUAAAUCUUUAACCCCAAAACUAAGCGAGCCAUAAAAUUAUG